AUGCCAAGGUCUUUCCUUGUGAAAAAGGUGAAACUGGAUGAUUUCUCCGGGGCGGAAUUGGAGAACGCCUACCGGCACAGGACAGACCUCAGCCUGCGGCUCCAUGACAAAGGUGGUUACAUCAGUGACUACAUCAGCCCUGGUGUGUACGAUGGUGAGAGUGACAGCGGGAUCAAGGUUCCCUCCCCUGACCCCCUUUAUGAUGGUAUCCACAGUGACUACGGGGCCCCUGACUCUGAGUCUCCUGACAGCCCCGGCUCAGAAAUCACUGAUGGUUACAUCAACGGAGACACUGCGGUGAGUGAGGGUUACUCAGUCGAUGCCUUCUUCAUCACGGACGGCCGCUCGAGGAGGAAAGCCAUCGGCAGCCCCAGGACCAUCCAGAGGCACACCUGCAACGAGUGCGGCAAAACCUACGCCACGUCUUCCAAUCUGAGCCGGCACAAACAGACACACCGCUCACUGGACAGCAAGUUGGCAAAGAAGUGUCCAACCUGCGGGAAGGUGUACGUGUCCAUGCCUGCCAUGGCCAUGCACCUGCUCACGCAUGACCUCAAGCACAAGUGCGACGUGUGUGGGAAAGCGUUCAGUCGACCGUGGCUUUUACAGGGCCACAUGCGCUCCCACACAGGCGAGAAGCCGUUCGGGUGCGCCCACUGUGGGAAGGCCUUCGCCGACCGCUCGAACCUGCGCGCUCACAUGCAGACCCACUCGGCCUUCAAGCACUUCAAGUGUAAACGCUGCAACAAGACCUUCGCGCUCAAGAGUUACCUGAACAAGCACUAUGAAUCUGCCUGCUUCAAAGGCCCCUUCUCUCCUCUUGGCCCCCUAGAUGCAUGA